UGGCCAGAAGGCGACCCAGCACGGGCUGCCGCACCCGCGGGCAGAGGACGAGACGACAAACAGGGGGGAGGAGAGGAGGAGGAAGAGGAGGAAGCGGAAGCGCCGAGCCCGCCCUGUCUCCUGCCCCUGAGCCGCCUCGACAGAAGGAGGCGGAGCUGGGGCCCAGCCGCUGCGAGGGCGGCGGGUCAGGCGAGCGUGGCGUCGAGGCAGGCGCCCAAGUCGGCCUCGUCCUCGAUGUCGGCCAGCCCGCACAGGUACGCGCGCACCUUCGCGAGGCGCUCGGGGCUCCACUGCGCCGCCUGCUGCACCAGGGUGGCGCCCCCGCCCUGCGCCUCGAUCUCCUCGAGCAGCAGGCCGAUCUGGUCGAACGCGAAUUUGCUACCGAACGAUGGGGUCCAAAUGCCCCAGCGUCUUCUCCGUCAUCUGCCACCACUGCUUCCAGUCCCAUCCAGUCCGCUUCCAGCCGUUCGGGAAGCACGGCGACUUCGGAAAAAGCAGGAACAUCAUCUCGCGCAGCGAGCCAGACUCGUCGCGCUGCCCCUUGUAUGCCUGCUGUGCAGACUCCUGCACCGCCUUCGUCUUCGUGCGGUGCCCCAUGACCAGCUCUGCCAGAAUUCGCCGACCCCUUGGGUCUCCCUCGGCGCGUAAGAUAGUCACCCCUCCCCAAA